AUGGUGCCCUUCCAGGCGGGGUUCUACACCAUCAUCAUCCUAGCCGCGUGUAAAAUCAUUCUUAUUGCACUCGAAAUACUUUUCAAUACAAGAAAGCCCAAAGCACAAUUUCUGGUUCUUUCUGGUUGUGCUUCCGCAUUCUUAGCCAUCCUUCUUGGAUGUGUGUCGUUCGUAGGACUGCGAGCAAAACUAGCGGAAGAGCCUGGGCAGUGUGAAAAUGCAGAUGCUGAUAUUGUGGGCGAUGGGGUCCGGGCAGCUGCAUGGACACAAGUCGGUAUAUUGUUUUUCAUAACUUUUACAGGAAUCUUUCACUUUUAUAAGACAGCAGUGAAAGAGAUCGGUGGUGGCUUGAUUGUCACCCACGUGUCCUUGGCCAUUGCCCUCCUAGUUCCGUUGGCUCGCUAUGAGCUAUCUCCUAUCGACGCAAUUUUGGGAUCUUUGAUUCUAGAUGCCCAAGGAAACUCUCUUUCUAUUCAACUGGUAACGAAGGAGACGCUGGCUGCUCGAUGGCAGGUGGCAGUGGCUUUAAUUUCUCAACUCCUCGGGUUACUUAUACAGGGCGUCCUCGUCGGCUUCUUCGUCACGAAUCGACUCCCAACUAAAAGUUGCCAUUGCUUUUCCGUCUUUUGGUGGACCUGGUUCAGCAAUUGCUCAUCUGUCUCUCCAAAUCACGUCCAGCCUUAUUGGAUAUAUUUUGCAUAUCGGUUCAUCAAUAUCAUUCAUGGGUCUUACUUUGCCGUUACCCGAACCACAAUCUACAAUGAUGCGGAGAAGUGGGAUAGGGAGAACCCUUGUGACCCUUGCGAUAGCUGCCGCGAAGGAAGCCCGAAUACUCUCUGCAGGUGCCAUCCUUGCGAAAACUGUCAAUUUUGCAAAGUUUGCAAGAGGCAGGCUCGCUGCCAUCCGCAUCAACCAAUACCCCCGAGCCAGAAUGCUUCUCAGGGUGCUAUAAUUCUAUUUCACAUGGACACUUGCACAAGGUGUUAUAGGUGCAAGAAAUGCGGACACAGCAAACUCGAUUCAGACACCGCAGUGCUUCUAUCCGGCGAGCGGUUUUCCGAAGCCACGAUGACUGUCAGCUCGAACUUCCUGGAAAACAGUGUUUUAGCACUGAUAAGUAUGAUUUCGUUGGAAGUUACAAUGAGUAUGAACAUGGUACAGAAGACGUCUCCGCUGUAUGCGGUUGGACAAGUCACGUCCUUGGUUAUCGCCGUUGGGACGACAGCUAGAGCACUUUGGGUGUUUCUAUAUAUGUUUGAUUCAAAAUCUCACUCCGCAUAUGUCACAUAA